GCGGACGCGGACGAGAGAAAAAAAACGGACACUUCUCAUUAGGGUUUGAGUGUGGACCGUGUGUCUUGGGGAAACUGACGGGAGCAUCUUUUGCGAUGAAUGAACACUGCGCGAAAUGAUGACAGCGGGGCAGAAACAUUUAUCUACACAGAACUUUAUGAAACAUAUCAGUGCUGAACAUCGACUCAUGGAGAGUUAGUGGGGCUGUUGGACUGCGCUCGGUGUGUAGGUACAAGUCGGAUUUUCUACGUUGAAGUUUUUGGAUGUACUUUUUUUAACGAUCGCAUUUUUAAAUUCUGUUUUGACUUCUACGUCAUGGCACAAUAUUUUGUUUACUUGUUCGCUCUGUUGGCCCUGAUUUUGCCCGGAGAAAUUUGGGGAGCGGGAACUUACGCGUCACGAUACACUCAACAUGUGGAUGAGAGUCAGUCUGUAUCUGCUGCACAGAGUGGAUCUAAGGUGACCAGUAGACAUAGAAACUGGUGUGCCUACGUAGUGACACGGACUGUAAGCUGUGUAAUGGAAGAUGGAGUGGAGACCUAUGUGAAACCUGAAUACCAGCGCUGUGCUUGGGGCCAAUGUCCCCAUGUGGUUUUGUAUCGGACUUUUAGAAGACCACGGUACAAGGUUGCCUAUAAAAUGGUCACAGAGAUGGAAUGGAAGUGCUGUCAUGGUUACUCAGGUGAUGAUUGUAGUGAAGGCUCCUCUGCCACAAAGGACAGCAGUGGCAGACAUACUGGUGAAGAAGGGAGAAGUGACAACAACAAGAUUAGACAACUUGAGGAACAAAUUCAAAGCUUGAAUAAAGACCUUCACAACCUCCACUCAACCGUACACAGCAUGAAUAAGAAAAUGCACGAGGAAUCUCGAAGGGAAGGCAUCAGUGGCAGCAACAAUCUAGCUGACGCUGCCCAGUCAGGGAUGAGGGAGACCAUUCACAGCAUCCAGACCAAACUGGACAUGCUGGACAACAUGACACAGGUCCAUGACAAGACCCUCACCAGCAUCAACAACCACCUUGUGGGCAGCAAUGGAAUUGGGAACGAAUUGGACAGUCGGUAUGGCACAUUUAAAGAGGAGAUUCUCAGGGAGCUGGAACGGCGAGUGACACUGUCGUGCUCGUCUUGCCAAACUGGAGUGGAGAGCAUGCAAAGGCAACAGCAGGAAGACAGAGAGAGGAUCCGAGCGCUGGAGAAGCACAUCAGUGUGAUGGAGCAGCACCACCGUCAAACUGUAGAGAUGCUUGAGAGGGAACUGUCACGCUCUCAGAGUUGCUGUGAUUCCCUGAGCGAUCUUGACAGGAGACUUAGUGCCAUUGAGAGGAAGGUCAGUUCGACUGCAGAGACGUAUGAUAUCCUUAGAGGACGUCUUGAAAAAGAGUUGAGAGGAUCAGGCAAUGGAAAUGGUGGUCGGGGAAAAGCACUUGAUGAAAAACUGAACAGUCGUCUUAGAGACCUGGAGAGAAGACUGAACGGGACUGUGAGAAAAACUGAGCAAAAAUGCUCCCAUACUGAAACAAGUAUGAAGGAGUUUGUCCAGAGAGAGAUCGGCCAGAUAAAAAACUCUGUCCUCAAUCGAAAUGAUGAUCAGGGUUAUAGAAUAUCUACCAUGGAAAUAGGCAUCCAAGACUUGAACCGUUUCUUUAACGAUCACAAAAAUAACCUGGAACGGUUAGGGAACAAAACAAAUGAUCUCGACAGCGGACUUAAAUCAGCGAUUCAUUUGUGCACAGAGACGUGCGGUCCAAAAAGGAGUGAGACAGCAGAUACUGUGAAAAGCCUGGAAUGGAAGGUUUUUGGCAAUGAGGAGGACAUUAAGAAGUUUGACACCAAGCUAAAGGAAUUAAGUGUGUCUGGUGACUCCUUAUUUGACCGUAUUGAAGAUCUAAGCCAUGACGUUCAAAAAAUUAAGGAUCUGACAGGACACAAUGGAGAACACUUUAACCAAAUCAUCACCGAUGUGGAGAAUAUGGGACGUGAUUGCGACAUAUGUAGUACGAUAGAGAGCGAGCUUACGGCUUUACGAAGAAAGGUAGAUUCAGAUGAGCAUGUUUGCUCGCAGGUAUGCUCAAACCUCCAGGAGGAAGUGGGCAAAUUGAAAGAAGAGGUAGAGAAAUGCACAGGCCAAUGCAUGAACAGUAUGAUUGACCAUAAGAGGAACAUAGAUAAUCAAAACACCAUAACUCGCAAGCUUGGCAAAGACCUCAAGUCCAUUCAGGGUGAGCUCACAGGAGUAAUCCAAACGUUCAGCUCCAUCAAUGACUCUCUGAAAGGCUUCAGGAACACCAUACAGAGGCACAACAACUCCAUUUCUGAUCUGAACAGGUCUAAGGACAAAAUUUACUCAGACUUAGAUCAGAUUGAGGAUGAUUUUAACAAGCACAAAGAAGACAGUAAAGGACGUUUUGACGGCAUCAGUAGCUUUAACAGCAAUUUGAUGAUUGAAAUGGGAGAAUGCAAACUUUCUCGAGAAGGGCUGGAUAAGAGACUCUCGAAGUUGGAGGGUGUCUGCAGUAGACUGGAUUCCUUGUCAGUGAACCUUCAGACUAUCAAAGAUGGCCUGAGCAAACAUGUCUCUGGGCUUUGGAUGUGUGUUAAUGACCUAAACUCCACAGUUAUCUCACACGGUGAGGCCAUCAACAGCAUUCAUGAUGUUCAUUUAGAGAACAUUCGUGGCAGGAUGAACAACCUCAACUCUUCCAUACUGCAUGUUCUCAAGGAUUUCAAGAUCUUCACUGAACACGACUUUACUGGACCUCGUGGACUAGCUGGUCCUCAAGGAGAGAAAGGAUCCGAAGGACCUCCUGGGCCACUAGGACCUCCAGGCAGAGAAGGACCACAAGGGAAAAUGGGGCCAAUAGGACCUCCAGGCCUCAGAGGUGAACAAGGACCUCCCGGAGAGGAUGCCAAUGUUCCAAGACUGUCAUUCUCAGCAGCACUCACACGACCACAAGACUAUGCAGGCACCAUUGUCUUCAACAAGGUCUUUGUCAAUGAAAGAAAGGCCUACAAUGCAAAAACAGGUAUGUUCACUGCUCCUGUGAAUGGGCGAUACUUCUUCAGUGCAGUCCUGACAGGUCACAAGAAUGUCAAGAUUGAGGCAGUCUUGUCUAAAUCCAACUAUGGUAUUGCCCGUGGAGAUUCGGCAGGCUAUCAGCCUGAGGGUCUUGAGAAACCAAUGGCCGAGGCACGGCACACUCCUGGCUCCCUGGUCAUCUUCAACAUCAUACUUCCUCUGCAGGAGGGAGAUACUGUCUGCAUUGACCUGGUCACAGGUAAACUUGCCCACUCAGUGGAGCCCCUGACGAUCUUCAGUGGGAUGUUGCUCUACGAUUAAACAGAGGACAGAUUGUAAGACUCAUCUGAGACUCAGUGAGGACAAUGUCAGAUGUAAAAAUUUGUAUCUGGACAAAUCGUGAGUUUUUUUUUUUGAAGAACACUUUUACAUAUUCAAUGUUGAAUAAGGUUUAUGAUACAAAAUGUAUGCAGGUUUCAUUUAUAAAAGGCCACGAGGACACACAAGAUGAUUAUAUUUAUCUAUUAUCAGAACAAUGAACUGAAAUGUGUAUAUGGUUGUUUUUACAUUUUAUUCUUGAAUGGCAAGUCAUAUGUUCAUAUACUGUGAGUGACCAUGUUUACUUUUAUUAAAAUGCAGCUGGGAGCAGCAAACUUCCUUAUAAAAAACUAGCCCAUCCACAUCAUUUGUUGUCCUGGAAGAGAUGAAAAUGAGUGACUCUCAAACUGGGAAUGAAAAUGUAUAUUACCAUAUGCCACGCUGAGAAUGAUUUUUCCUGAUAAUAUUUCAGCAAUACUGUCACUUCUAUCAGCUAUUUAGAAUCUGAACUAGUCAUGCAAAAUUAAUGGAUUAAGCACUUCUAAUUUAAUAGUUUCGCAAAAAUUCUGAAUUUAUUCACGAUUCAGUUUGAUUCAUUUGGAUGGUUUGCUCACACACUUAAUUGUUUGCAGUGGUUUCUCAAACUGAAAAAGAAAACAAAAAGAACGCUGGAUGAGGUGGAUAUAUACCUACAAUAAAUUGUAAGUAACAAACCUCACAAAUGUCUUUUAUCAGUGAUUACACAGCGCAUGCAUCUUGUGAACUCUGUAAAGACAAUUUACAGUAUAAAAAGGUAA